UGCUUAACUUUUCUAAAUGUACUUGAUAGCACGUCGCCAUUUUUUUUCGAAAGACCUUUUUAGAGGGCUGUGAUUUUGACAAAGCUUGGCGCCAUAUUGGGUACUUAAGGUAACAGUGGCGCGUGCUGGUGAAGAUGUCUGAUAAUCAGGAACAGAAACCUGACGCCGGUCCAGGGGACGCAAAUUCAGAAUACAUCAAAUUGAAAGUCGUUGGAAAUGAUUCUAACGAAAUACAUUUCAGAGUUAAGAUGACUACCCAGAUGGGGAAAUUGAAAAAGUCAUACAGUGAACGCGUGGGUGUUCCUGUCACGUCACUUAGGUUUUUAUUUGAUGGGCGACGAAUAAAUGAUGAUGAAACGCCAAAACAGCUGGAGAUGGAGAAUGAUGAUGUAAUUGAGGUGUACCAAGAGCAAACAGGAGGCUUUUGAAUGAUCUUACAUGACAUGAAAGUGAAAACAUAUUUGGGCCUGAAACAUGGUGUGGCCAAUUUUAUAUUUCACAGGUUUAAAACAUCAGAGAGAGAGUGCUAGAUACUGUGGACUUGCCUCCCUCCCCCCCAAUUUAAACUAAUGCCAGUUAAGUGUUAUUCACAUUCCUUGUCAUUUAAUUGUGUUUUUUUUUCUUUUUUCAACAUUGCAACAUUGAAGUAUUGUUUGGAUUGUCAAGUAUAUUCUGCACAUUUUCUUACAGUUUGUGUAGAAAAUAUACUUUAAGUCACAAUACUUUGUUACUUGCAGAUAUGAAUUAUAUUUUGUAGAAAGGUUAACAGAAUUGUAAACUUCAGGCUUGCUGAAGACAUGCUUUUUUAAUUUUACAAAAUGUGGUAUUUGUGGAAAGUAUGUGAUUUUUUAUAUUUCAUUUCUUAAUCAGUGUUUUAAUUAUCUGUUGUGUGGGGGGGGAAGAGGAAAACAUAACUGUAAUUUACCAAAUAGACAAUUACAUUUAAUUAGUGAUAAAAGGCUUGAGAGUUUCAAAGAAAGAGUUUUCAUUUUCAAAACCAAUGCACAUUAGAUUUGAGUGUUACUUAUACACAUUCAGAUGUAGGCGGCUUAUGUUCAACACUGAUAAAUCAUUUGGGUCUCUAAACAGGUUUGGAUUCUCUAACAUUUUCUGAAUUAGUAUUUUUUGUGUUUAAUAAAGCAUGUUUAACUUUCUCAAUGUACCUUUCUUAAGUAAGUAGAUCUGAGAACAGGAAUUGUUUGUAAUGUGAAAUUUUGUAUUAAAGCACUUUUGAUGAUGAGGGUUUAAA